AUGCAGGUCCCCACAACCCCCGCGCGUCCAGCGCGUCCAGACUCGCGAACCACAUCCUCGACGCAGCCUGCAGCAGGCCCCUCAUCCAGCUCGACCCAGGCAGCGACCACCCCCGCCGCCGCCGCUGCUGGAAGCGGCAGCGGCCCCGCGCGCGCAGACGACCUGUGGACGGAGAUUCUGCGAGGCGCCGACCGACAGAAGUCGUUAUCGAGGAAGAAUGUCGUCUUGCUCUCUGAACGGCAUAGAGGAAGGCGUAACUUGCUCAGCAAGCUAGUGGGCAAACGGCGCGCACGCGAAGCUCCCCCGCCAGCCCUGGCCAUUGGAUACGAUGUGCUCGAACACGCCGACCGCGACGAGGACGCCGCACCCCCCGUGUCCGUCUUCUACCCGCCAUCAUCACACCCGGGAUUGCUGCGUCUUGUCGACGUGUCUCUACCUCCCCACCCCUUGCCUAACACGGCAGUUGUGAUCGUUCUCGACUGGACAAAGCCCAGUACCAUGGUUCGUGAGCUCUUGGCGUGGCUCGCCUGGGUGGACCAGUGGGCUCAGCGUGCGGAUAAGGGUCAUUCGGACGGCGACGAGCUGCGCGAGAGGUUGCAAUCACACCUGCAGCACUACACCGAACCACCAGCAUCCAACACUGGCACUGGCGCCCCCUCGUCCAGCAUCGCAGGCUAUAACGCCAACAGUCUCGGCACUCUUCUCCCCCUCGGCCCCGGCACUUUGACGCUCAACCCGUCCGGCAUCCCCAUUGUGGUCGUCUGCACUCGCGCAGACCUCAUGGACCACGUCGGCGACGAGAUGGGCAUGAAGGGUGGUGGAUGGGAAGAGAGAACAGAUUGGAUCCAGCAGGUGCUGCGUACCGUCUGCCUCGCCUAUGGUGCAGCACUGUUCUACACGGCCCCGACACAGCCUCAGACAUACACCCUUCUGCGCGAAUACCUCUUCCACAGGUUGUACAGUGUGCCCCCGCCUCUGACACAGCCUGGCUCUGGCUCUGGUGGUCCGCAAGAGGCAGUGGCGGCCUACCCGUCGCGGUUUCCCUUCCCGCACCGCGCCAACGUUCUCGACCGCGACGCCGUCCUCGUCCCCGCCGGCUGGGACAGUUGGGGCAAGAUCAACGUCCUGCGCGAUGGGUUUGACCCAGCACGUGUCGGCAGGGCGUGGGAGUCGAGCGCGACCAAGCUCUCGGGCGGCAACACCGAGGACGACGCCGAGGGAAUCGAGGACCUCUGGUUCGCCAUGGUGCCCGAUACCGAGCGCCCCAAGCCGCCCAGCGCAAGCACUGUGACAACUACGUCCGAGCUCGAGCAGACAUUCUUGGCCCGACAGCUCGACGUGCUCCUCAAGGAUCCAAACCGCGAUGCACGCGCUGCGUUCCGGCACGCGGCGAACAGUGCCAGCGCCGUGGGAGCGACCGCUGCAAACUCGGGUGCUGGUCCCGGUGCUGCUGCCGACGGCGGCGCGGAGCGAUACGGCGGCGUCGUGGGGCCAAUGGGUACUGGUGGCCUCAGCCUGCCCGGUGUGGAGAGGGCCAUGGCCGAGAUGGAGGGAGCUGGGGGUGCGGAUGAUGUUAGAGAGCGGUUUGGACGGAUUGCAAGGAGGGAACCUACACAGCCGACGUCGCCAACGACGGAGCGUCCCGCCGCAGCUCGCAACGAGGCGCUUCACAACUUUUUCCAGGGCCUGGUGGCCAAGAAGUCGGGUGCGGCGAGUACGAGUAACACACCCGCCAAACCUGCGGCCAAGUAA